UUCACUCUGGUCACACUAACUGCUGUCUCAUCAAAACAAAUCAAAAAUUUCUAACAUUUAUUAAUUUAACUACAUAAAAAUGACCACAUCUGCCGAAAAACCCCGUGAAAUCGGCUUCGACAAGCAGUUUGCCACGGAUGUAAAUGGCGUGCCCACCGAAAUUGUGUUCCAGCGCUUCGGCAACAAGUGGUUUCUGCUGGCCACACAAUUCGGCAAGAUGCCCGGCAUUUACAACGUGCAGUUCGAUGUGGAGCGACAGAAACGGAUCCUGCCUUCCCUCCAGAACCCCUAUGACAACCCGGAGUUUCACAGAUCGGUGCCCAUUACGAUGACGGUGCGCCUGGGCCUGGACACGGACGAAAUCCGCAGCGCCAUACAAUUUCUGAUCAACAAAACAGAACUCAACGAAUGCCCAACGCAAAUCGAGAUGGCUUUGGGCCUGAAGCAGAUCGAUGGGCCCAACCUACGGGCCCUGGCCAAGGUCAUCAAUGAGGAGAUCUUUUUGUCAACAAAUAAACACAAGUAACUGUCUAACAGUUUUUGUAAA